GCUCGCGUCGCUGAGCGAACACGAGAGCGAGAAGGAGGGAAUGAUAUCUCUCUGUCGCUCGGCGCGCCGAUGAUUGCCGAGCGCGUGGUCCACACGGAUAGACUGAGCCGGCUAUGGGUGCGUGCGUAGUGGGGGAAAUCAGAAAAGAGUCGUGGACAUUGGCAUCGUAGUUCAUGCGCACGGUUGUAUAGAGGGCGCCUCACACUGGGCUCGGCUAAAAGCGGCCCAUGACACCUCUCCUUCUUCUCUCUGAUACAAGUGAGUGUCCACCCCUUGAGUAGUCAUUGGGAGUUGUUCAUAUGAUUGUUGGUUAUGAUAUUGUCUUCUGCUUGUUAUAAUGGAGAUAUAAUAAAUUGAAGAUGAAAUGAAUUAUGACGUGGAAUCCUUUAAAGAGAAAUUACUUAACACAAAGACCAACAUCAGCAGCACCACUUUUAUCUCAUACAGAAGAAAAGGAAUUAGAUCUUGUUGUGCAAAGACUCAUUUAUAUUGAGAAUGCAAUCAGAAAAUUAACAAAGGAGAUGAAGAAAUAUAUAGCAGCUUUGGUAAAUUUGGAUAAAGCAGAUCAAAGAUUAAGUAUUAAUCUAACUAGUUGUGGAUUGGUACAAAAUAAUAGUGAAUACAGACAGAUUGUGGAAGAAUAUUUUUCUGUUGCUGCGCAAGUUGGAAAAAAGAUUCAAGAUGUGACUAAUUUAUGUCAUAAGACAUUUAUAGAACCUCUGAAAAAAUUGAGAAAUGAAUUUGUAACUAUUGCUGCAGCAAUAACAAAGCGUGAGGAUCUAGUGGCUACAUGGAAAUAUUCUUAUAAUCGUGUAAAAAAAUUACAAGAAAAAAAGGACAGAACUGCCAGUCAUAUUGCAAAGUUAGAAAAAGAACGAAGAAUUGAAGAAACAGCUGCUAAAGAUUUGAAAACUAUACAUACUCAAUUACUCACAGAGUUACCAGUAUUUCUUGAAAGAAGGGUUGAAUAUAUUAAUCCUUGCAUUCAUGCUGUGAUUAUGAUACAAUUGAAUUAUUACGGAUGUGUGACACAGCUAUAUACACAAUUAAUGCCUAUGCAAUAUUUGGAGUUGACAUCAAAUAUAAUAGUAUCUGAGGAGGAAUAUCAAUGUAUUGUAAAAACUGAAUUAAAUAAAUUAAGGGCAUUAACAAUAGUAAAGGAAUAGGAAAGAAGAAUAAUAAAGGAUCUGUGAACAGAAAUAUAUUUCUUUAACAUUUAAAAUAAAUUAAUAUAAAAGAU